AUGGAAUCCCUCUCAGACACCCUGUGGGAUGUAGUGAUCAGCGGCACUGGGCUACAACAGUCCCUCCUAGCCCUAGCUCUGUCGCGUUCAGGCAAAAACAUACUUCACGUCGAUCCCAACCCAUUCUACGGGGGUAGCGAAGCCGCUUUCAGCCUCCAAGAGGCAGACGAGUGGGCUGAGAAGAACCGAUCCGCCGACGCUUCCCGGUUAUUUUCUGCUGCGGAAGCAAAGCGUGAUGACACCUUGAGUUCAGCACGUGCCUACAGUUUGGCUCUCGCGCCCCAGUUGAUACAUUCACGGUCGAAGCUUGUCACUCAGCUCGUUGAUUCGAAAGCAUUUCGCCAGAUCGAGUUCCUCGCUGUCGGCUCUUUCUACAUCUACCAGCCCCCUUCGGAUUCUUCGUCGCUACCUUCCCUCAGCCGGAUACCGUCGACUCGCGAAGAUGUCUUUUCCAACAAGUCCAUACCGGCUCGGUCCAAGCGGUCCUUGAUGAAGUUCCUCAAGUUUGUGCUUGAUUUCAAUUCGGAACCUCAAAUUGAGACGUGGAAGCCGCAUGCCGAUGAGGAGCUCACGCAGUUUCUGGCAUCCGAGUUCAAACUUGAUGCGGCUCUCCAGUCCUAUGUUAUCACACUGACUUUGAGCCAUGAUGGCAAGAUAUCAGUCAAGGAUGGCCUGACUGCGAUUAGCAGACACCUGACUUCCAUGGGAGUUUUUGGUACUGGCUUUGCUGCAGUCUAUCCCAAAUGGGGUGGAUUGUCAGAGGUCGCUCAAGUGGGCUGCCGAGCAGCAGCUGUUGGCGGCGCAACUUAUAUGCUGGGUUCCGGCAUUAAGAAUUUGCAGCGCCCUAGCUCUGCUGAAGCCGAGGCUCCCCUUGAACUUUCGUUUACGAACGACAUCGAUGUCAAAGCCAAAUUGGUGGUUCAAGGCACUGAUAAGGUUGACCCCAACAGCCCUCGAAUCAGCAGGCUUACGGCGGUGGCAAAGGCGGACUUGUCUUCGCUCUUUGAACUCCUUACUGAGGGCGCUCCCGUGCCUGCUGUUGCCGUAGUGGCCUUACCAACGGGCUCAGUCUCUGAGGGUGAGAAUCCUUCAGAGUUUCCCGUCUACGCGAUGGUACACUCAAGCGACACUGGGGAGUGCCCUUCUGGACAAUAUGCUAUAUAUCUCAGCACCGUUUGUACACCAUCUGCGAAAUCAUUUCUGGAUAAGGCUCUUUCGUCUCUUUUGUCUGCCGUGUCGAAUGGCCAGGAAGUACUUCCACUGCUUUAUAAGCUGUACUAUGAACAGGGCGACGGAAUAAACGCUCUGAGUAUUGAUGGAAACAUUGCUACAUUCUCAUCCUAUUCGCAAAGCCUCGCGUUCGAUGACUCUAUCCUUGACUCUGUCCAUGAGGCUUGGAAGUUUGUCAAUGCUGGCUUGGAAGACGAUCUUGAGUACAUGAAGUUUGAAGAUCGAGAGGCUGCCUCAGAUGAUGAGUUUUAUGAUUAG